AUGACAGACUCUAUAGAUGUGAGAGGGGAUGAAUUCCCUGCGCCCAGCCGACAAGCGUCUGGUACUGUGAACGGUAUCCAAACUGAGGUCACCUCGCUGGGCUUCUCCGACAAGCUCAUGGUCACAAUCAGUCAAGAGGGGAGACUAUCUCAAUGGGUCCAAGUUCCUCUGGUAGGCUCAUCCGCCGGAAUGGUGGAAAUGACACUGCCUAGCGCAGGCCAUGGACUUCUCCCAUCGGCUCACCUAACACCGGUGACACUGUUGGGUGGCGGCGGCGAAGACCGGGAGACACUUGGUCAACUUUACGCGGCCCAAAUCGCCAGCCACGUAUCUUUGAAAUAUCCCGAUGACAGGAGGACGCUUGUACUUGGACUAGGCUUGGCGAAAUUCGAUACGGAGCGUGAAGCUUUCUUUGACUUAGUUGAGCUGGCUCAAAAAGUUCUCUAG